ACUUCAGGCAAGAACGUGCUGUCUGAUGUCGCAAAGUUUGCUCCGAAGUACAACGAUGCGCUGUGUGGCGGCGCUGUGUUUGUCCGUCCUUGCGACGCUCGCCGUCGCUGCCGCCGAGACUCACGACACGCUACCCCAGCAGACCGACAACGAUAUCCAGUUAACAGAAGAAGACAAGCGAGCAUGGACAAGUUUACAAGGGGGGUGGGGCAAGCGAGCAUGGCAGGACUUGAAUUCUGCUUGGGGUAAGCGGGCGUGGCAGGACCUCAAUUCUGCCUGGGGUAAACGCGCCUGGCAAGACCUCAACACCGCGUGGGGCAAAAGGGGUUGGCAAGAUCUAAACUCUGCCUGGGGUAAAAGGGGAUGGCAGGAUCUAAACUCAGCGUGGGGAAAGAGAGGAUGGCAAGACCUAAACGGAGCGUGGGGCAAGCGGGCUUGGACGGAUAUGUCGCAACACCCAUGGGGAAAGCGAGCAUGGCAAGACCUGAACACUGCUUGGGGAAAGAGAGGCUGGCAAGACAUGAGCUCAGCGUGGGGUAAACGAGGCUGGCAAGAAAUGAGCUCUGCUUGGGGCAAACGGACUCCUGACAACUGGGCUAACUUACACGCGGCGUGGGGCAAGCGGUCACCUGAGCCCGACUACGAAGACUACGAUCUCAUUUCUGAUCGCGGCCUACCCUUACAGCAGCUACAACCGUUGGAAGCCGAACAGCGUGGACUAUCGGAGGCGCCGGAGAAGCGAGCGUGGUCUUCUCUCCACGGAGCCUGGGGCAAACGACCCGUCAAGCAGGCGCACUAUAACAACGGAGCAUAUUACUGGAAGCGCGAGCCGGGCUGGACGAACCUGAGGGGCAUGUGGGGCAAACGAUCGAUGUCCCCCUCGCACGAGGACCACGAGAGCGUGACAGAAGACGAGGCCUAGACACUGGAACAUCAUGUAUUACGAUAAACUACCUUAUCUUUAUUCCAGAAUACUUUAAUUUACCUUGUGUUAGCGGUAUCAGUUCCUGCUAAUUGUUUAACUUAUACUACAAUAGACUUUAAUUUGAUAUUGAGAAUUACUUUUACUAAAUUUGUACAAGUGUCACCUUCUAGUUAAUGAAACAAUUUAUGGAUAUUAUAUGUUUAGCUGUAAGUCGGGAUGGUGUAACAUACGUUAGUUAAAAAUAAAUAAAAAUGUAAUUAAUUAUUGUAUUUUGUUAGUAAUGUUGAUGUAUUAAACGGCUUCACGAGUUGUCCAAUAAACAUUU